AAUAUUGUUAUGAUCCAUAAGCAAUGGUGUAUGUAUGGGGAAGAUAUCAAAAUUUAAAUUAAGGUGGUCAACCUGAUGGCUUCGUUCAGGGCUGUAUUGCAGCCCACAACACUUAUCGACAAAAACAUGGGGCGCCACCUUUACAAUGGAGCAUGGACCUGCAGGUUCGGGCUCAAGCUUGGGCCAAUCAAAUGGCAGCAACGGGAAUGCUCGAUCACGACAUGAACGGAAUCAAACAAUUUAAAGACGGCGAGAACAUCGGCUUUUCUAUCAAUGCAAAACACAAACCACUUUGUCAAGGAAGUCCCAAUCCAAACUGUUACCACUGCAGCGAAACAGUCCGUUCUUGGUACAAAGAAAGUCGAAAUUAUAAUUUCCAGAAAGGAAACAGUGCUAAUGGAAAAACCUAUCUCCAUUUCACGCAGCUCGAAUGGAGAAAGACAACCCAUAUGGGCGUUGGUGUUGGAAUGCGAAAGAACUAUGUUCCAAAUAACAUGGGCCAGCUGCUGCCAGUGUAUGAAAUUUACACAGUUGUAAAAUACUCACCAAGAGGAAAUUAUGGCUAUACAAAAGAUUAUUUAGAGAAUGUUAAACCAGCAUCUUCGGGUUCACCGGGAACAAAACCUUCGGGUAAUACUCCGAGCACUAGUACAUCAGGAGCCAAGCCUGCUGGUGUCACUGGAAGUCCUGAACCUAAACCUGCAGGCGUCACUGCAAGUCCUGGACCUAACCCUGCUGGUGCCACUGGAAGUCCUGGACCUAACCCUGCUGGUGCCACUGGAAGUCCUGGACCUAACCCUGCUGGUGCCACUGGAAGUCCUGGACCUAAACCUGCUGGUGCCACUGCAAGUCCUGGACCUAAACCUGCUGGUGUCACUGCAAGUCCUGCACCUAACCCUGCUGGUGCCACUGGAAGUCCUGGACCUAAACCUGCUGGUGCCACUGGAAGUCCUGGACCUAAACCUGCUGGUGCCACUGGAAGUCCUGGACCUAAACCUGCUGGUGUCACUGCAAGUCCUGGACCUAAACCUGCUGGUGUCACUGCAAGUCCUGGACCUAAACCUGCUGGUGCCACUGCAAGUCCUGGACCUAAACCUGCUGGUGUCACUGCAAGUCCCGGACCUAAACCUGCUGGUGUCACUGCAAGUCCUGCACCUAACCCUGCUGGUGUCACUGCAAGUCCUGGACCUAACCCUGCUGGUGCCACUGGAAGUCCUGGACCUAAACCUGCUGGUGCCACUGGAAGUCCUGGACCUAAACCUGCUGGUGCCGUUGCAAGUCCUGCAACUAAACCUGCUGGUGUCACUGCAAGUCCUGGACCUAAACCUGCUGGUGCCACUGCAAGUCCUGCAACUAAACCUGCUGGUGCCACUGCAAGUCCUGCAACUAAACCUGCUGGUGCCAUUGCAAGUCCUGCAACUAAACCUGCUGGUACCACUGCAAGUCCUGCAACUAAACCUGCUGGCGUCACUGCAAGUCCUGCAACUAAACCUGCUGGUGCCAUUGCAAGUCCUGCAACUAAACCUGCUGGUGCCACUGCAAGUCCUGCAACUAAACCUGCUGGUACCACUGCAAGUCCUGCAACUAAACCUGCUGGUGCCAUUGCAAGUCCUGCAACUAAACCUGCUGGUGCCACUGCAAGUCCUGCAACUAAACCUGCUGGUGUCACUGCAAGUCCUGCCUCGCCCACUCCAAACACGCCUGCAGUGCAGCCGACGACACAGGGUCCAAACACUCCUGCAGUGAAGCCCACGACACAGAGUCCAAGCACUCCUGCAGUGAAACCUGCAACACAGAGUCCAAGCACUCCUGCAGUGAAGCCCACAACACAGGGUCCAGCCACUCCUGGAGUGAAGCCCGCAACACAGAGUCCAGCCACUCCUGCAGUGAAGCCCACAACACAGGGUCCAGCCACUCCUGGAGUGAAGCCCACAACACAGAGUCCAGCCACUCCUGCAGUGAAGCCCGCAACACAGGGUCCAGCCACUCCUGCAGUGAAGCCCACAACGCAGGGUCCAGCCACUCCUGCAGUGAAGCCCGCAACACAGAGUCCAGCCACUCCUGCAGUGAAGCCCACAACACAGGGUCCAGCCACUCCUGGAGUGAAGCCCGCAACACAAGGUCCAGCCAUUCCUGGAGUGAAGCCUGCAACACAGGGUCCAGCUACUCCUGCAGUGAAGCCUGCAACACAGGGUCCAAGCACUACUGCAGUGAAGCCCACAACACAGGGUCCAGCCACUCCUGGAGUGAAGCCUGCAACACAGGGUCCAGCUACUCCUGCAGUGAAGCCCGCAACACAGGGUCCAAGCACUCCUGCAGUGAAGCCUGCAACACAGGGUCCAAGCACUACAGCAGUGAAGCCCGCAACACAGAGUCCAAGCACUCCUGCAGUGAAGCCCACAACGCAGGGUCCAGCCACUCCUGCAGUGAAGCCCGCAACACAGGGUCCAGCCACUCCUGGAGUGAAGCCUGCAACACAGGGUCCAGCCACUCCUGGAGUGAAGCCCGCAACACAGGGUCCAGCCACUCCUGGAGUGAAGCCCACAACGCAGGGUCCAGCCACUACUGCAGUGAAGCCCGCAACACAGGGUCCAGCCACUCCUGGAGUGAAGCCUGCAACACAGGGUCCAGCUACUCCUGGAGUGAAGCCUGCAACACAGAGUCCAGCCACUCCUGGAGUGAAGCCUGCAACACAGAGUCCAGCCACUCCUGGAGUGAAGCCUGCAACACAGGGUCCAGCCACUCCUGGAGUGAAGCCUGCAACACAGGGUCCAGCCACUCCUGGAGUGAAGCCUGCAACACAGGGUCCAGCCACUCCUGCAGUGAAGCCUGCAACACAGGGUCCAGCCACUCCUGGAGUGAAGCCUGCAACACAGGGUCCAGCUACUCCUGCAGUGAAGCCUGCAACACAGGGUCCAGCCACUCCUGCAGUGAAGCCUGCAACACAGGGUCCAGCCACUCCUGGAGUGAAGCCUGCAACACAGGGUCCAGUCACUCCUAAAGUGAAACCCGCAACACAGAGUCCAGCCACUCCUGCAGUAAAGCCCGCAACACUGGGUCCAGCCACUCCUGGAGUGAAGCCUGCAACACAGGGUCCAGCCACUUCUGCAGUGAAGCCCACAACACAGGGUCCAGCUACUCCUGCAGUGAAGCCUGCAACACAGGGUCCAAGCACUCCUGCAGUGAAGCCCGCAACACAGAGUCCAGCCAUUCCUGCAGUGAAGCCCGCAACACAGGGUCCAGCCACUCCUGCAGCGAAGCCCACAACACAGAGUCCAAGCACUACUGCAGUGAAGCCCGCAACACAGAGCCCAAGCACUCCUGCGGUAAAUCCCACAACUCCUGCAGCACCAGCCCAAGGUACACCAGCAGCACAAGCCAGCAAUCAGCCAUAUGACUUCAACAAAGAUUGUGUUACUUCACACAACAAGCUACGAGCAGUCCAUGGUUCCCCAGCUCUGGCAUGGAGCAAGGAACUUGAAGUUCACGCUCAAGAAUGGGCAAACCACUUAGCAAACCGAGACAUUUUCAAGCACGACAUUGCUGGACUAACAAAAUAUCAAGAGGGUGAAAACAUCGCAUGGUUUAUGGGAAAAGAUAAGAAAUGUGCUGGAAAGGUGACCAGUGACUGUUACACAUGCGGUUCAGCUGUACAAUCCUGGUACAAUGAGGUCAAGGAUUAUGACUACCAAAAAGCCGAUGCGAAGACUCCUGGCAAACAAGUACUUCAUUUUACGCAGGUGGUUUGGAAAGCGACAACACAAAUGGCGAUUGCCACAGCAGUAAGUCCAACAAGGAAGGUCAUCUUUGUUGCCAGAUAUAAACCGAGGGGAAAUUUUGGCAACAAGCAAGCGUACAUUGAUAAUGUUACGCCUCCUGGAACCCCUCUUCCAAAACCACCACCAACUUCAAGUAAGCCGUACAACUUCAACCAAGACUGUGUUGACACUCACAAUAAGCUACGAGCAAGCCACGGUUCACCGCAGCUGGUUUGGAGUCAAGCUCUGGCAGACCACGCUCAAGUAUGGGUCAACGAUCUCGCAAAACGCGAUGCUUUUGAACACGAUAUCGCUGGCUUAAACAAAUAUCAGGAGGGUGAAAACAUUGCCUGGUUUAUGGGUAAAGGAAAAGUAUGUACCACAGAAUUGACAAACGAUUGCUAUCCGUGUAGCAAAGCCAUAUUCCCAUGGUACAACGAAGUAAAAGAUUAUGAUUUCGCAAAAGGAGGGCCAAAGACAAGUGGAGCACCUGUGUUACAUUUCACUCAGGUCGUGUGGAGAGCUACGAAAGAAUUGGGUGUAGCAACUGCCAUUAGUCCAAGCAAAAAGAUCAUGUUUGUCGCGAGAUACAAAUCUCGGGGCAACUUUGGACAUAAACAGGCGUACAUUGACAACGUCAAGCCAAAGGGCACACCAGUCUCAACAGGUGGAGGUACUACCCCUGCCCCUUCAGCUACCCCCACCACGGCGACAGGAACACCUGCAGUUACCCCUAAAACCCCUCCAACCACACCUGCGGCUGGUGCUUCUCUUCCAAAACCACCACCAACUUCAAGUAAGCCGUACAACUUCAACCAAGACUGUGUUGACACUCACAAUAAGCUACGAGCAAGCCACGGUUCACCGCAGCUGGUUUGGAGUCAAGCUCUGGCAGACCACGCUCAAGUAUGGGUCAACGAUCUCGCAAAACGCGACGCUUUUGAACACGAUAUCGCUGGGUUAAACAAAUUUCAGGAGGGUGAAAACAUUGCCUGGUUUAUGGGUAAAGGAAAAGUAUGUACCACAGAAUUGACAAACGAUUGCUAUCCGUGUAGCAAAGCCAUAUUCCCAUGGUACAACGAAGUAAAAGAUUAUGAUUUCGCAAAAGGAGGGCCAAAGACAAGUGGAGCACCUGUUUUACAUUUCACUCAGGUCGUGUGGAAAGCGACAAAAGAGUUGGGUGUAGCAGCAGCCAUUAGUCCAAGCAAAAAGGUCAUGUUUGUCGCGAGAUACAAAUCUCGGGGCAACUUUGGAAAUCAACAGGCGUACAUUGACAACGUCAAGCCAAAGGGUACAACACCCGCGCCUUCAACCGCCACUGCAACUAAACCCACCUCUGCGGCGGCGGGGACAUCUGUGGUUGCUUCCAAGCCCGCUACUGCUACCGGUGCCUCUGUUUCUACACCUGCUGCCAGUACACCUGCCGCUUCCACUUCACCUGCGGCCACCUCUGUUGCCCCUGGCACACCUGCUGUUUCCCCUAAACCCCCUGCAACCACACCUGCUGUUGCUCCUAAAAUCCCUGCAACCAGUCCUCCUGCCACACGUGCUGGUACUCAGCAGACUGGCACCAUUGCCUCAGAUGCACCAUCCACAACCGAUCUGGACUACUUUUUGAAUGAUUGCUUGCAAAAGCACAACCUGCUUCGAGCGAAACACGGAGCAGCUCCGCUGACCUGGUCCACCAAGCUUGCCGCAGACGCAACAAACUGGGCGGAAUAUCUUGCCUCGUCCAACAAGAUGGAACAUGACUACAAAAAGCUUGGUGAGAAGGGAGAAGGGGAGAAUCUCGCCUGGUUAACCCCUGUGCAACCCAAGUGCUCUCAAUAUGGUCAAACGAAUUGCUACACGUGCAGCCAGAUAAUUGACACGUGGUACAAAGAGAUAAAGAAUUAUGAUUUUAACGCCGGGAAAUCUACACAAGGAUCAAUCGAACAUUUUGUUCAGAUUGUAUGGAAAGGGACCCGAGAGAUCGGAGCUGGUACUGCAAUUGGUGAUAAAUAUGGUCUUAUUAUGGUGACAAGAUACAAAUCAAGAGGAGGGGAAAGCAAAAAUCCCCAAGAAUUCAUUGAUAAUGUGAAGCCGAUAGGCAGCCCUACUUCGCCAAUAGUGAUGGAUUGUAAAGAUGAUCCUAAGAAGUUCGCAAAUUGUACGGAAUGGAAGCAGCAGGGAUUUUGUGAAAACUUCAAAGAAAGCAUGAGAAUGUUGUGUCCUCUUACAUGUGGAAUGUGUAUCAAAAAAAGCCCAGACAACCCGAAACUUAAUGAUCUUUCGAGCACAGACGGAACAGAUGCGUUCGAGCAAGAUUGUCUGGAUGCUCACAACAUCUACCGCACCAAGCACGGAGUACCGCCGCUUCUGUGGUCACAGCAACUGAAGGAAGACGCACAAAGGUGGGCGAACCGUCUGGCAGAGAUGGGAGACGAGCUGCAACACGAUGACAUGAAACCCUUGAACGAGGGAGAAAACCUGGCUCAUUUCAGUCCACCGUCGGAAAAAUGUUACGGCGCUAAGGGUCCUGGAUGCGUCCAAUGUCGCGAAAUCGUGAAAGACUGGUACGACGAAGAAGCAGAUUAUGAUUUCACCCAGGGACACAGGAAGCCUGGGGCAGUUGUCUUACAUUUCACCCAGGUUGUGUGGAAAAGUACGCGACACGUAGGCGUAGCCACAGCAAAGAAUAAAAACUGGUUUAUAACUGUGGCAAGGUAUUCUCCACGAGGAAACGUUAUUGGACAAUUCCGAGACAACGUACACGCAAUUGGAGGCACAGCUACGAUUGAUCCAGUGAAAAUUGUUGAUGCUGAUUCUGAACAGAGACAAUUCAAGAUUCCACCUCGAAAAAUGUAUGCGACACCCUCAGAACCAAAAUACGACGAAAGAGUCUAUCCCGAAGACGCUGUCUACAGUCCACGAUUACCAAAUAAGAAUAACAAAGGACAAGAAGUCAAGUACUUCGCCACAAACUCGCCAUACGGAAAUGGCGAGUUGACCGCGAUUGUUGACGAUAAACCGCCACCAAACUAUGCAGCCACUUAUUCAAAUGAGCAGGAACUUGGGAGAGAUCCUUACAUCGCAUCCUAUAGCAAUGAUAAUAGCUUUUCUAAUAAUCAUUUGAUGCGUGAUAUGAACGUGGAAAACGACCUGGCUGCAAACGUUGAACAAAACGAAGGUAUGCUGCUGAUGGAUGGAAAGCGGAAAAAAUCCAUCGUUAAAAAUACAAAAGCGUAGACACGCCUGAACGAAAACGCCUACGAUAAGAGUUCCUGGAUUGGAAACACGACAACUGCAAAAUAUGAUGGUGUAUGUGCGUUGUUACAGCGGAAAUCGACAAAUAUGAUCGAUGAAAUCUAGGAAAUGCCUUGAACUAUGGUAUCACGGCAAGAUAUUAUAUAUAUAAGGCAACAUAUAUACUUCUUUUUUAAGCCAGAUGUCCAUGUAACAAUUUCUGUUGCCGAUCAAAGUGUAGCUACAACAUCGUAGCUUUGGUAAUACGCAACUGACUUCACUAGAAUGCUGGACGUACCAUUUGGACAAAUCAAUUUUCAUCCCAGGGAUAUCAAGCUCCUGUCGAGCCACAUUACCAGAUAAGACUGAGAAAUAUUUAUAUAUAUUUAUUUAUAUAUAUAUAAGAUUAAGCUUAGCUAUUAUAAUAAGAGAA